GCGACGAAUGGAGGUGCUGUUUAUUUUUUCAAUUUAUUUUCGUAUUCUUGAGUAGUUUGUCCGUCAUCUAUAAAUAGUGGUGCCAGAUAAAUGAGAAAUCCAGUGUAACAACACUCGCACUCGGAUUCGGUUCUUGUUACAGGAGUUAGUUUUGAACACUCAAAAUGGAUUCUGAUGAUGACCAGAAAAUGGCCAUGCUCCGCAAGGCUUUCCAGAUGUUUGACACAACCAAGUCCGGAUACAUAGAUGUUCUUAAAAUCUCAACCAUCUUGAACACAAUGGGUCAGCUUUUUGACGACUCGGAAUUACAAGCUCUGAUUGAAGAAAAUGACCCAGAAGGUUCCGGCAAAAUUAACUUUGAUGGCUUUUGCAAUAUUGCGUCUCAUUUCCUUGAAGAAGAAGACGCAGAAGCUAUGCAACAGGAACUGAAAGAAGCUUUCAGAUUAUACGAUCGUGAAGGAAACGGCUACAUCACCACAUCUACCUUGAAGGAGAUUCUCGCUGCAUUAGAUGACAAGCUGAGCAGUUCUGAUUUAGACGGAAUUAUUGCUGAAAUUGAUACUGACGGCUCUGGGACUGUAGAUUUUGAUGAAUUCAUGGAGAUGAUGACUGGUGAUUAAACAACAGAACUAAAAAUGGAAUAUAGUAUUAUUUAAAUUAUACUAGGAUAUAUUUUAUACUAAAUACCUGUAAAGGUUUUCUUAGUACAAAACAGUAAACAAUGCGGUAUUAGCAUGUAAGGCAAAAGUUAUCUAUCUUAUAGAUAGGUAUAGUUAUUUUGUUUUAGUUUUAGAAUUAUUAUUUAUAUAAUUCAUAUAAGCAUCGCUCCUAUUUCAUCUAAUUGCUAAUAUGUAUAACGCAUUGCACUUAUUUUCAAGACAAUAUUUUUUAAUAAAAUUUAUCUAUUUAAAUAUAUAAUUUA